AUGAGACCCUUAUCGGGCUUUAUGGAUUUCUGCCGGUGGCCCAGAUACCGGCGGUGUCCAAUUAUCAGUUUGGCAAAGUUGCCACCGUGCGUCAUUACAAAAACAUCGGAUUUCAGGCAGACUAAGAAGUCGAGAGCUGCUAGGCUUGUCACGUGCUUUUUGAAGCCAUCGAGCUCAAAUUUGGUGGCUAGUUCCUCCUUCGUGACCUGUAAUAUAUUGUUUAAGGAAAUCGUCAAGAUCUUGCAUGAUAAUGAGAAGGAGAAUCUCAAGUAUAGAAGAGUGAAUGGACUAACAAGAUUGGGGAACAUGUUUCUGAGUGGUGCCAUGCGGAUAGCCCAUUGCCCGAAGCAUAACAGCUACCUCGCCUGGCUCGAGAGGGCACCGACCUUCCUUGCGCUUCUGAAGUGCCAAGGCCCAAAGAUGAGACCCAUCCUGCAAACAAAGGACAAAUAA